UAUUCAUUUCACUUGAAAAUUUCUUGUAAUUUUCCACUCAACUUGAAAAAGCUAUAGUAGUUUUCCAUUGCAGCAAGUUUUGAGAAACUCAUUUAUUGUAACAGGAAAUGAUGUAAUGCUAGGCAUGUAUUUGUCACGAGUACAGAUAAUUUAUGAUUUUCAGUUCUGUAGUUGUUAUACACAAUUCUGUAGACUGAAAAUGUUAUGUAGCCAGUUCAGUUUAUUAUGAAUAUCAACUAUGUUGUGUUUUAGAUAGGUGCCAUUCAAAUUUUGAUGUCAGAUUUUUUACAACAAAAUUGUGUGCUAAUGUAUACAGCUAAAUCUGAAUGUUGUGUGUAUUAUAUAGCCUACUACUUGAAUAUUUUUUAAAUGUAAUAAGUGAAAGUAUAUUUAAGUGUAUACACUGUAUAAUAUGUCAUACAUGUAAUUUUGAAUGUUUCAUAACCAAAAAAAUGUUUAAAUGUGAAUGCAUAAGGGUAAAGAUUAUUUAGCAUGUCGUGUGUUUAUUUUGUAAAUCUUUUACGAGCAAAACUCUUUUAAAAUCAGCGGGCCGUCGGCUUCGAGCGCCAAUUCACACAACAACUUAUAAGAUUAUAAUAGUAUACAGAUAUGUCUGAGUUGUUAAGCUUUACCAUUGCAUUCGACGGGAAUAAAAGCGCAUAUACCGGCGGAGAAAUCGUAUCCGGGUGCGCCCUUAUUGUUCUUAAGGCUCCAAUGAAUGUAAGAGCUAUCAAUAUUAAGUUCGUGGGAAAAUCUAAAGUCAUGUGGACAGUACAGCAAGAUAAAACAUCUAGAACAUAUAAUGAUUCAGAGACCUAUUUUGACAACUCUUUGUGUGUUUAUGGUCAAGGUUGUAUUGGGCUUUACCAAAAUGCCACACAGUUGCCCGCUGGACAGUCAUGUUUCCCAUUUCAAUACCAGUUGCCUGCUCAAUUGCCAGCAUCUUUAGAAGCAAUACAUGGUUCCGUUCGUUAUGAUGUAAUUGGUGUCAUUAAUCGUCCUUACAGUCGUGAUUGUAAAACUAACGUUCGAUUCUCGGUUUACGAUUUGAUGGAUCUGAAUCACAUUCGAAACAUUAGGAUGCCAAUUCAUGUGAUGGAUUCAAAGCAUAGAUGUUGCUGCUGUUGCGCUAGUGGUGAAAUAACAGCUGAAGUACAUACAGACAAAAGUGGUUAUGUACCAGGCGAAUACAUAACAAUCAAUGCUUCAGUGGAAAAUUUAAGCUCAUCCAAAAUACAUGGUACCAGCGUUGCAUUAAUACAGGUUAUCACAUACAUUGCUCAGGGUGUUACAAAUAAAACACACAAGACAAUUACUGAGUGUAGAGGACCAGGCGUUAAUAAGAGAAAGACAAUGAACUUGAAUGAUAAUUUGCUUAAAGUUCCCAUGACCCAGCCAUCUUACCUAAGAUUCUGCAAAGUCAUGUAUAUUGAAUAUUACCUACAGUUCACGGUGAUGUUACCUGCAUUCAGUCUCAAUUUAAGGUUAAAUGCUCCGCUGACCAUUGGUAGCAUACCAAUUCAAUCCGUACAACAAAGCUACCAUAAUGCAGGGUACCUAAAUAAUGAAAUUCCUAUGAUUACUUGCCCUACUCCAGUCAACACAAGUAUAAUAUGAGAGUAAGUUAUUAAUAUUAAUGUCAAGGUAAAUUAUUUUAUCCUCACGUGGCUGGAAAAUGACAGUCGUUAUAACACAGUUGUUUUGUUUCAUACACCUCAUGCCAGCUUACGAGGUUACCGCGUAUAUAGCUUUGUGGGUGAUUAUUUUUUUAUUUUAUUUGUGAACUGCACUGGUACAUAUUAAUAAUGGUAUAUAUAUAUAGUAGGUUGGGGUAUGAUGGUUUUAAUUUUUUCAUUAUAUUUCAUCUCCCAUUUGGUAGUAAACAAAGAAUAUUUACAGAAUUAUAUAACCCCGUGUUCUCAUGACUCUAAAAAAUGGUUGUUAAUUGUU